UCAUCAUAAUAACGAGUUAUUUAUGAGAAAAAAUACUUAAAGGUGAGGCUUGAAACAAUUUGCGAGAUGUCAUUGGUGUUUGCAUCCCUGAGUAUUUGCUCUGGCAUUGGAUUUUUAGUACUAUUCUACUGGUGGCAUUCUAAGCUUGCUAGCACAAAAUUGUGCAAUCGUUUGCCGACUUUUAAGUUUAUUCCAUUGUGGUCCUACUGGUCUUUGUUCGCCAGAGCGUACAUUUAUGAGCCGUUGCCACCACUUGUGUCGAUAUUACAGUUCCUAUGUGCGGUUUGUAAGCUGUAUGAGUUUGAAAGAAUUGUUUUGAUCUGGUUGUCUUUUAGACCAAUAGUCUUCUUCUUCAAACCAGAAACCGUUGAGGCUGUCUUGAAUAAUCCGGCUACUAAUGAAAAAUCCAGCGAAUAUAAUUUCCUAAAAUCAUGGCUUAGUACAGGCCUCCUGACAAGUUCCGGAGAGAAAUGGAGAUCACGAAGAAAACUGCUGACACCUACGUUUCAUUUUCGCAUUUUGGCUGAUUUUUUGACGAUUUUCAAUGAACAGUCAGAAAUUUUGACUCGGAAAAUGGAAUCCUUAGUGGGAAGUUCUUCGAUAGAUAUUACAUCUUUAAUUAAAAUGUGUACUCUUGACAUCAUUUGCGAGACAGCAAUGGGGGUUCGUAUUAAUGCGCAAAGUGGACAGUAUCUUGAAUAUGUAAAGGCUAUAAGUCACACCAGUGAUAUCUUCAUUCUCAGACUGUUCAGACCUUGGCUGUGGAAUGAUUUCAUAUUUUUUAACUUCUUUCCUUCUGGAUGGAGGUAUAAGAAAAGUUUGAAACUUCUUCAUCAGUUUACAAGAACGGUUAUUAAAGAGAAGAAAGAUUAUUUGAAGAAAAAUAGCACCAUUAUUUCUACUGACAAAACGGGAAAUUUAAGGAAAAAGGCAUUUCUGGAGCUUCUUUUAGAGCAUCAUUUAGAAGAUGAAAUGUUAACUGAAGAAGACAUACGUGAGGAAGUAGAUACUUUUAUGUUUGAGGGUCAUGAUACAACAGCAAUAGGCAUAAGCUGGACUCUGUACAAUUUAGGUUUAUAUCCAGAUAUUCAAGAGAAAGUAUUUGAAGAACUAGAUACUAUAUUCCAAGGUGACAACGAGCGAGCUAUCACUUCAGAAGAUCUCAAAAACAUGAAAUAUACUGAAUGCGUUCUCAAGGAAAGUCUGCGAUUGUAUCCUUCUGUUCCUUUUAUAGCGAGGAAAAUACAUGAAAAUAUACAAGUUUUGGAUUAUACGAUACCACCUGGAGUUACUUGUUUCAUAAUGAUAAUGAUGCUUCAUCGGGAUCCGAAACAAUUUCCAAAUCCAGAGAAAUUUGAUCCAAAUAGAUUCCUGCCUGAAAAUGCCACUGGAAGACAUCCUUUUGCGUAUGUUCCAUUCUCCGCUGGCCCAAGAAAUUGUAUUGGACAAAGAUUUGCUUUCAUGGAAGAAAAAACAAUCCUGGCUCAUAUUCUGCGAAAGUUCCAGCUUAUUUCUUCAGAACCAAUGGAUAAAAUUCAUACUAUGGCUGGUAUUAUUCUACGGAAUUAUCAACCCCUGGAAAUGCGGCUAAUACCACGAAGCAAAUGUUUAUAGUUCAUUACAAACGAAAGUAUUAAUGUGCUGGCUUGACCUUAGAAAAUGUUUCAAGAUUUCAUGUAAUAUCUAUAAUAAUCAUCUGAAGUAACAUUUUAGCUUUAAAAGGUGAAAAUAUAUUUCUUUUUUAUCAUAUGUAUUUUAAUAAAUAUAACUCUUAUUUUCAGAA